CCCAAGGGAAAUAUCAAGUUGUUUGUGGAGACGUUUCUGUGUCUGGGUGAUAAGGGCCAUCUUGAGGGCCAAACAACUUUGUUCAGAUCGCAGCAGUCUGUUUCCAAAAGGAGCCUCCCGUGAGUCGGCGGAGUGAUCGCUGUGUACCUGUGCCUCAGGUGUUUACAUAGGGUAGCGGAUCGCUCCACACUCUGUGUCAACACAACCCAGUCAUGGCCGCACGAGUCAGCUUCGGCUCCCCGUCCGACAGCGUCGCACCCAAGCCCGUCCAGCCGCAACAGGCGCCCCGAAGGAACGUCAAAGCCACGGUCAAGUACAACCGGGCCCUGCUGAAGCGGCGGUUAGAGCUGGAAGAGUGGGUUGACGAGGCACUCAGAGAUAUCUACGAAUGCGACGAAGAUGAAGAUUACGAAAUAGAGAUUGACAUAGAUGAAAUGUUAGAACUCCAAACAGAAGAGGAAAGGGUAGAAUUUUUGAAGGAAUUGCUUGUUGAUUGUAAGAAGCCAACAGAUGAAUUCAUUCAGGAGCUGCUCCAGCGAGUCCAGAAGCUUCAGAAAUUGAGUGGAAACUCAGCAAGAUAACUAACUGUACACCUGUCAGUCAUCUCUUACCUUAUCACCUGCAGCAAGACACAAGAUUCCACAAUCUGCACCAUUCCAUGUUUGUUAGUAUUAAAGUGGGUGAUGUUGCAGAGGCAUGUCUUGUUUGUGCUUUCACAGAGAACUUGGAUACUUUGUACAUUAUAUGUACUGUAAUGUUGGUAGAAUGUUUACAAUUCAGCUAUAUACCUGGACAAAUUGUCACUUUCAAAAAUCAAAAGGAGACUAAAGUGUCUGUUUUCUUUUAUCUUUAGAUAUAGAAUAUAUUCCAGUAUUAAUAUUAAUUACAAAUUGCAACAUUGAUCUUAAUUAAAACACACUGGUACUACUAGUGGUAGGAUUUUGAGGUAGUAGUUUCCAUGACACUAGUGUCAUGUCAUACAUAUUGUUUAUAUGUCAAGAUAUCUAUUUCUUCCCUGUAAACAAACUUUACUACUAGUUUGGCAACUCCCCAGGGCAGUGCCUUUUAUUGUAAGUAACACUUGUUCCCACGUGUCAAAAAGUGCUUGGCCUUGUAACAAGUUUUCAGCCAUAGAUUUUAAAAGAAAGAACGAAUUAGUUAUAAUAUAAAUCUUAAAUGUAAGAAGUGUAUCACAUGCAUGUUUUUAAACAUAGCAGUUUUUACGCAAAUGUUGAUAUGACAGAUAUUUUUAGGUAGAUAUUCAUAUUCUUAGUAUUUUCGUUGUUGCACUUAAUUGAAGUCAACGGAUCCAGGCUGCUAAUAGUAAUACAAAAUUACUUGUACAUACUGACAAUGCAGUCUUACACUUCUAUGAAAUCCUACAGCAAUCCAAUCACAGUUGUUAAUGGAAGUAAUAUAAGAAUGAGCUGCAGAAUUCUAUUAGCCUUUGUUUGCUUACUGAAAGUGUUGCCUGUGCUACAUGUGAAAUAUCUUCCAACGGUUGUCAGUAAUGUUAGUGUAACAUGCUUAAAAGGUGAUGGACACCUUUACUAAUGAAUUCUUGCCUCAGUUCUCUGUUUGUAAGCUGAAGGCCAAGGCUAUACACUCUAAAGUGUAUCUUCAACCUGUAUUCAGUUGUAAAACACACAAAAGGGAAAUAGCUAGCAUAGGAGAAAUACACACUACAGCCAUGCUUCAAUGUUUGUAAUGCCAAAGUUUUGGUAGUCUGCAACAUUCUUCAUGGCUGGUGACUGGUGCUGAACCCAAAUAGGCUACCGAUAUGUUG